AUGGCCGCCGUCUCCACCCACAUGAGGACCCCUGUCUCCAUGGCAACACCAGCUGCUGAGGAAAAAAAACUAGAAGAAAACCCGCAGAGGCUCACACCACCCGACAGUUCACUGCACCACCCAGAGGCUCACACCACCCGACAGUUCACUGCACCACCCAGAGGCUCACACUACCCAGAGGCUCACACCACCCGACAGUUCACUGCACCACCCAGAGGCUCACACCACCCGACCGUUCACUGCACCACCCAGAGGCUCACACCACCCGACAGUUCACUGCACCACCCAGAGGCUCACACCACCCGACAGUUCACUGCACCACCCAGAGGCUCACACCACCCGACCGUUCACUGCACCACCCAGAGGCUCACACCACCCGACCGUUCACUGCACCACCCAGAGGCUCACACCACCCAGAGGCUCACACCACCCGACAGUUCACUGCACCACCCAGAGGCUCACACCACCCGACAGUUCACUGCACCACCCAGAGGCUCACACCACCCAACAGUUCACUGCACCACCCGACAGUUCACUGCACCACCCAGAGGCUCACACCACCCGACAGUUCACUGCACCACCCAGUGGGUCACACCACCCAGAGGCUCACACCACCCCCCCCCCCCCCCCCGACAGUUUACUGCAACCCCCGACAGUACGCUGCACCACCCAGACAGAGUUCACCACACCACCCGACUGCUCAACACACCACCCGACUGUUCACCACACCACCCGACUGUUCAACACACCACCCGACUGUUCACCACACCACCCGACUGUUCACUGCACCACCCGACUGUUCAACACACCACCCGACUGUUCUCCACACCACCCGACUGUUCACCACACCACCCGACUGUUCUCCACCCGACUGUUCACCACACCACCCGACUGUUCAACACACCACCCGACUGUUCUCCACAUCACCCAGAGGCUCAACACACCACCCGACUGUUCUCCACACCACCCGACUGUUCUCCACACCACCCGACUGUUCUCCACACCACCCACAGGUUCUCCACCCGACUGUUCUCCACACCACCCACAGGUUCUCCACCCGACUGUUCUCCACACCACCAACAGGUUCUCCACCCGACUGUUCUCCACACCACCCAGAGGUUCUCCACCCGACUGUUCUCCACACCACCCGACUGUUCUCCACACCACCCGACUGUUCUCCACACCACCCACAGGUUCUCCACCCGACUGUUCACCACACCACCCGACUGUUCUCCACACCACCCGACUGUUCUCCACACCACCCAGAGGUUCUCCACCCGACUGUUCUCCACACCACCCGACUGUUCUCCACCCGACUGUUCUCCACACCACCCGACUGUUCUCCACACCACCCAGAGGUUCUCCACCCGACUGUUCUCCACACCACCCGACUGUUCUCCACCCGACUGUUCUCCACACCACCCGACUGUUCUCCACACCACCCGACUGUUCUCCACACCACCCAGAGGUUCACAUGAGCCUCCACCUGUACAGACGCAGGCUGAGGGUGGGGAAGGGGAUCCUCCACCUCCAGCCCCGGGCCAGACAGAGCCCCCCUCCUUCUGCAGCUUUGAGAUGCAACCUCCUCUACUGUGA